AUGCGAAGAAUGAUAACAAAAACUCAUGAAUUCAAUUGGAAAUCCUUUUUAGUGCUCAUUAGUCACAAAGGUGAAUUUCUUCGAAAUGUCAGUUUUGAUUUUAGAAUUUUGAAUGAAAAACAAAUGAAAUUUGCCUUACAUCAGCUUCCAAAUCUAGAGCAACUUACACAUUAUGCCAAUUUCGAUGAAUUAGAUUUGGACUAUCGUGUUCCUCUUUCGGAAGUCGUAGAUGUUCCUGAGCCAGCUGACAUGAGACAUUUAAAAACUUUACUUGUGGGGCUUGAAAGAUCAGAAAAACUGACAAAAUUAAUGAAAAAUGUUAAAAAAUUAGAGAAUCUAUCCUUUGAUUUGGAUAUCAAGGAAUCAUUUGAAAUUUUCACAAAUUUUGUAGCUCAACAAACAAGUUUAAAGGUGCUGAAAAUGAAUUAUUGUGAUUGUGAAGACAGUCAAAAGUUUCCAAGUCGAGAUAUUAGCUUGGAAGUCAAAUUUAAGUUGAAAACAUUAAAAUUAAAUAGAACUUAUAAUAAAAAUCCAAAUUUUUUGACAUUUUUAAAAACUCAAGCUCAAAGUUUGGAAGAAUUGAAACUUUUGGACACUCCUGACGAGGAUAUUUUCGAAAUUAUUUUCAAAAUGUGCAAGAAUUUAAAAAGAUUAAGUUUAAAUCGCUCAAAUUCGGCUAUUUAUUCUGAAUUUUAUCAAAAUUUUAGGUUAGAAUCUUUAAAAUUUCUCAAGGAUAGCCAAUUUUCAACAACAAAUUUGACUAAAGCUAUUGAAAGAUUCCCAAAUUUAGAGUCUUUAAAAUGUAAAGCCUUUGAAGACAUUGCUGGAACUUUUGAAAAUCUUUGCAAUUUAGAAUUGGGGCAUUUAGAUGUCGACAAGUUUCAGGAUGUGAAACUCCCAAAUUUAAAAGAAUUGAUUAUUGACAGCUUUAAAAGCUCAGCCGAUGACAAUAAAUUCCUAAAAUUCACCGAAAAUGUUCCAAAUAUUGAAAAUUUUAAAAUAACUCAGCAAGAGAAUCUCGAAGAACUGUCAAUUUAUGAUUAUGAAAGUUCUGGACAUUCAGCGCUGUUCCCGACCAGAGACAUCAGUCAAGACUGCAAACUUUCAAAAUUCCUCAACAUUUCACAUUUUUGUCGUGGCUACAACGAGAAUUUUCCAACAUUUUUAGCAUCCCAGCUGGACACUUUAGAGGAACUGAACCUUUUUGGCGUCCUUAGUCCUGAAAUUCUCGAGAUAAUCUUCAAAAAUGGCAACAAAAAAUUGAAAAAAUUAAUUUUAAGUUUAAAUUUUCAAAGUUUUGAGUUGUGUCAAUUUGAUGAGCCACACUGGGUGCUGCCCACAGUCCAGCAAUACUCAACACACAAUGCAUCGGCUGUUGAAUUCCAUCGAAGUUUAAAAAGAUUUCCGAAUUUAAAUUCAUUGAGGUUCUCAAGAUUGAGUGACGUAACUGCGACAUUGCCACAAAUUGAAUCUUUUUACUUGGUUAAUCUUUAUUGUGAUAAACUUUUGGACCUUAAAAUGCCAAAUCUUAAGUUAUUGACAGUUCAACAUCUUGAUGAAAAUGGCAUUGAAGAAUUUAGUCAAAAUAUUCCAAAUCUUGAAGUUUUUGCUUUUGAUCAACAUUUUGUGAAGAAUGAUUUAAGUUUUUUGAGACAUUUUAAAAAUCUUAAAAGAUUUGAGUUUCAUUUUGGGUCGCCAAGUUUAUUAAGAAUUCUCGUCAAUUAUUCUGAAAAAAUUGUUUAUUCUGACAGAAUUUGUUCUAAAAAUUUGGCAAAUUAUCGUAGAAAUUUUGUAGAUUUUAAGUUUGUUCAAAAAAGAUUUAUAAAAUCUGUAGUCAAGCAGAUCAUCAUAAAUUACAUUGAAAUGCAAGAACCGAAGGAAACACUUGAAAAUUCACAAAAAAUCUGCGAAAUAUCAAACGAAGACAGCAAAAAGCAGGAAAAUGUCACAUCCUGCCAGCUUCCUAUGGAACUCAUCAUCCACAUCAUAUCAUUCCAAAAUACCAUUCAAGAUCUUCACAACUGCAUGCUCAUAUCCAAAGAAAUUCGCGAUUCGAUCUUUAAAACACCAGAAAUUAUGAGAAAAGUUUUGAUCAACUUUAGGGAAUGCAGUUGGGUUAAAAUUCACACAAAUCAGCCAAAUGAAUCAAAUUUACAAGAACCAACCUCGAGUAACAUUGAGACUUUAUUGACAAAACCACACCUUGAGUUCCUGGAAAAUAAAGGAAAGUUCUUUCGAUGCCUGGAAUUAAGAGUUGACGAAAAUAAUUCGGAAGCCUUUAAAUUCAUCAUGAAUCGAGUUGAAAACCUAGAGGAUCUUAAUUUUGAGGUUAUAGAAUCACAAAUUGAACUUAAGGAAGCUAAUACAUCACAUGAAGACAUUCCAGACCUAAAAAGACUUAAAGCUUUCAAAAUCAACCACAACGCCUUAAAAUUUUUCGUCAAAAACACAAAAAAUGCCAAAAAUCUUGAAAAUUUUACAGUUAUUGCUCCAAAAAUUGACAGCCAGGAGGUCCUUACAGACUUUAUCGUUCAACAAGACAACUUAAAGGAAUUCACAUUAAAGCUUAAUACAGCUAUGGACAUCAUCAACUUCCCAACCCGCGACAUCACCAAAGAAGUCAAAUUUAAGCUCAAAAAGUUGAAUCUUUGCUUUGUGAACAGCAACAGGAAGCAUUUUAUGGACUUUUUGAAGUCACAAGCUCCAAAUUUAGAGGAACUAGAACUAAACUAUAAACCACAUCAUGAGAUUCUUGACAUUGUCUUUAGAUAUUGUACAAAGUUGACCAACUUGAGUCUCAACACUUAUGGCAACUCACCAGUGUUCUCAGACUUGUAUCCACACUGGAAGCUUCCAAACUUAAGGAGGUACUCUAACAAGAGCUUCUCAGCUGUGCAGCUGGAUAAAGUUUACAUUAGAUUCCCAAAUGUUGAGUCUUUAGUGGCAUUUAAGAUGCUUGACAACAAUGGAACUUACAAUAAGUUAAAGACAUUGGAAGUUGGCCUGCUUUAUUAUAAUCAUGUGCAGCAUUUGAAGCUGCCAGAGCUCAAAAGCUUCAAAAUUUCAUUAUUAAGUGGAGACGGAAAUGACAAAACCUGGAUAAACUUAGCGAAAAACUUUGAAAAUUUGGAAAAUUUGACAGUUAAGGACUUCCAGUGGGAACACGAUGUGAUGAUUGUGGUUCAAAAUUUGAGCAUUUUUAAAAAUUUAAAAACUUUCAAGUUAGGAAGUUUGAAGAGAAUUGGAUAUGCUAGUGCUAUGGGAGUUGUGCUGACUACUUUUAAAGAUCAGCAGUUCUUCAACAUGAUCAUUGAUAUUGAGAGAAAAAUUAUUAAAUAUUCAAGAUUUAUAGAAGUUAAGUUUCCAGAGAUUUUUGAUGUUUUAAUGGAUAAUUUUGAUAAUUUUAAGUUUGUUGAGUACAAUGUUUAUAAGCCUAGGGAAGUUGAGGAGUGUGCACGCAAUAGUAGCCAACGUUGGAUGGUACCAAGAGCUGGCUGCCGUUUGCCAAAUCCUGUUGACUCACAAGUUCGUCUUUUGGCUUUCUGGCUGUUCAAAAGUCUCACAAGUUGA